AUGAAUUUUGAAUUUGAGAGGGAGAUCGGGUUUAUAAAUAGUCAGCCUUCGCUCGCAGAGUGCCUGACGUCUCUUCCCGCUGUCCUGGAGACAUUUCAAACUUCAUCAAUCAAGGACUCGACAUUAAUUCCACCUCCUUUUGAGCAAACCCUCCUCAGCCUGAAUCCUUGUUCCAGCAUCCAGGCGAGACCAAGAAGCCAAAAAAGAACAACCCAUGGCCUGGUUCAGCAGCGCCCAAUCCAGCUUGGCCCUUUGGCCGCAGAAUUCCCCUGGAUGAAAGAGAAGAAAUCAACCAAGAAAGCUGCCCAGGCUCCAUCCUCCUCUUCCUCUUCGCCAUCCUCUUCCUCCUUCCCGGGAUCUGCGGCUGGAUCUCCUGCAGAUACCCAGGGGCUCCCGGAGACCAGCGCGGGCGGCUCCCGGCGGCUCCGGACUGCCUACACCAACACCCAGCUCCUGGAGCUGGAGAAGGAAUUCCACUUCAACAAAUACCUGUGCAGGCCCCGUCGGGUGGAGAUCGCGGCGCUGCUGGACCUGACCGAACGGCAGGUCAAGGUGUGGUUUCAGAACCGCCGGAUGAAACACAAGCGGCAGACCCAGCACCAAGACCCCUCAGACGGGGACCUCGGCUACCCCAACCUGGAAGAAUGCAACGACGAGGCGGAGGAGAACUCCCAGUUUGGCCAAGCCCUGGAGACCCCCUGCCCUUUUCAAACCAAAACCCAGGCGAGCCAGGAGCCGCCCAGCACUCAGCAGCUGCCCGCAGAGCCCCAGAGCCCCGGCUACCCAACGCCCACCGCAGAGCCAGGGUCCAUAAUGGAACCGAGCGGGGCAGCGGGCAGCGCGGACAAUGCCUUCCCGGAGAGGCAGGAGUCUCCUUUGUUGCCAGAUCUGAGCAUCUUCUCCACAGAUUCCAGCCUCCAGGGCUCCCUGCAGAGCCCCGUCCACUUCUCGGAGGAAGACCUGGACUUUUUUACAAGCACACUGUGUACUAUAGACCUGCAGCAUCUGAAUUUCCAGUAACAGUCCCACCCAGGUCUCUCUGCCUUGGCCGUGUCGCCCCUUUCACACGCACCUCCACCAGCUCCCCACUCGACACCAGACUAUUUCUAUCAUGGAGCCAUGUACUUUCUCAGACCUCGUCUCCCCUCGCCCCCGCCCCCUUUAAAAUUCGUUCUAAUGUGGAAGCUAGAUCAUAGAAUGGCCCAUCCUUUAAACAAUUAUUCCCAUAGCCUCAAAAAAUAAAAGGAUCCUAUGUGUUUACUAAAUCCAGAUAUUUUAUUACACUUCUAGUCUUAUUUAUUUAAAAGAAAUAAACAAACAACCCCCCACACACACACAUUCCACCCCUCACGCACACACCCGAGAGAAAACAUUUGUAAAUCCUUCAAGUGACUUUCUCAGGAAUCCGAACGAAACUUUUAGAUUUCUUAAUAAAAAUAAAUAAUAAUAAUAAAAAAACCCGGAGGAAUUUUGUUUCCUCCUUUUUAAGUUUUAGAUGUAGACUAUUUAUUCAAAUCCUUUAAUAGUA